AUGGCGGUGUCUUUGCCUCUCCACAUUUUUCGGUUCUACGGAGAACUUGGUGCGGUCCACGGGCAGAUGACCGCGCGAAUAGUCAGAGGCGAGUUCGCUGUGCUCAGUCCUCAAACAACAGAGACCUUUGCGACUGGCUUCCGAGUAGCUCAGGCUCUGAACGUACUUUUUAUAAGACAUCGCCUUGCUAUUCAGCUUGAUCUGAGGACGCUAUCGUCUGCACAAACACACGCGGCGCGGGAGGCUAACUGGCUCCACUUGAUUGCGCCUCUAAGGCGUCUUGGUGUUUUCAUGGAUGCUGCAGACGCAGCGAGUGUUGCCCAUGGCGACAAGGAAAUUUUACAGAAGAUAUUAACAGAACUCUACCAACAACACAGACGAUGGCUGUCAAAGGUCAACCGAGAACUGUCUGCUAACAGAAAGAACAAACGAAGCUACGCAGGAGUACCUACGGAAGGCUACGCAGCUAGAUUGGCGGCGCAUCGGAAACGCUCCCUGACAGCACCCCGGACGUGCAAGGUCUUCGCGCCUCGACGUCAGCAUCGUGACCGAACAGAGGGACUUAACGAUGACGAACGCGAACAGCAGCUUCCGCAGGCAAGGGCUGUUCUGAAAGAAGCAGAGGGCGAAACGCCGAGCCACAAUCGCGGUUUCGGCGAGUCCGUUCCGGGAGCCGCUUGGUUCGAAGAACACGCAAGAGAAGUACCUGUCACUCUCCGGGGUUCGAGGCAGAAGUCACAAUCAAGUCAGAGACACCGCCGUCAAGGUAGCAGCGGCGAGACUGUGGAGAUUGGCCGCCGCGGCGCGAGUAAACGCUCGGAUGGAAACACAACGGACGCUCAGCGAGAACUUGAAACGCGAGUUGAUGCCUUGUCACCAUCGGCCGAAGAGCUGUACCCGCAGCCUGUAUCGCGUAUUCCAAGACCCCGGCGUCGCCACGACUCUGCCGUUUCCUCGUUUCUCUGUUCCCCAUCGGGAGCGUCUUCUGUCGCCCCCGCUACGUCUUUCGUCACUCCAUCGACGUCUUUCGCAGUCCUUGAAGGUGUUGACUCCGCGCCUUCGGCCCUUGAGGAGCGAACUGGGCUCGAGGGGGCGGUGGCGAUGCCCUUGUGGAAUCUGGGCGCGAGGGAGCAUGCAGGUCGACGGCCAUGCGCGUCGUCCCCUACGAGAGCUAAGGCGUGCGCCGCCUGCGUUGCAACCUCCUCGUCACGGUUGUCGUCUCCUCCCGCCACCACACUCACCAGCGCGCUGCCCGCGCCUCAUGAUCCGUCGUCAUCCUCCUGGUCUGCUGCCGUCGCGGUUCAGGCACCGCUGGCGACGAACUCUGCCGGCCGUUUUGGCUCGCCAGCACAGGGUCUGGAGCUGGGGCCUCCUUCCCAGGGGCCGCCCCCGGCGUCGGACCUCCCGCAGCUGCCUCAGAGCCGAGGCGUGCCUUGGAUGGCCCCGGCCGGUAGACGCCCGCUUGUCCUUUCGUCUGAGCCGCCCUCUCAGGCCCCUCCCUCGCCUCAUAGAGAGAGACACGGCAAGUGCCCUCGCGCCGCCAGUUCACCAUCCGCGUGCUGGUCGCCUCCAGUGCUGCCACAAUCGCAUGCAAGAGGGCACGAGAGGAGCGAAACUCCUCUUCUAACUCCGCCCAACGCGAACGCGCCGUCCCAGUCUUGUGCGUCCCGCUCAGAUUCAGGCUCGCCGCGACCAGAGCUGGACGUCUCCAGAGACGCCGCGCAGAGGCUGCGCACAGGGCCGAAGUGUCUGACCCGCGGCUGGGCUGGAACCAAGGGACAAAUGGGUGCUACGCCGGCGUCCGCGGCACCUCACCCGCCUGCGGCACAACGCCUGCCUAUGAGGUGGCUGUUGGAAAUCCCUCUCAAGAGGGGGCAGUCUUCCCCACGGACUGAUGCUGAAGUCCUGCGAGGAAGCACGUCCGGAUCACGCACCAGACGAACGCCUUCUUCUUCAUCGCCUUCGCUGUCUGUUCUGCACGCGAGGACAGCCAGUCACUCGACGCAGCACGACCCGACGGCUGCUGCGAAACGCAGGGGCGCUCUUCCGUCUUUUCGCCGUUCCUGCCACUUGUCCCAGUCUCCAGAUUCUCCGGUUCCCCCCCUCCACACUGGCAUCGAUUCGUGGGGGACGUCCACGCUGAGGCGUCGCUCGCUUCAAAGCCCAGGAAGGCGUGCACCCUCCCCCAGUUCGUUGUCUGCCGGUCGCUCUCACCGGGGGAGACAGGCGUGCGCCGCGACUGAGCGCGCGUUGGGAUGUUUGCGGUCUUCCCACUUGAGUGCUGCACCUCGGUCUUCAGGCCUUGACAGCUCCUCCGCCGUUACACUGGAACUGUGUUCCUUUCUGGCGUCCUCUGCUGCCUCGCCCGCUUCCUCGUCGCAGGGUCGCGGAGACUUGCGUUUCCAGUGCCCCGUGCCGUCCGCCGCAACGGCCGUCGCGGAUGGUGCCGGCGGCGGCCUGUCUGUGGCAGAUCGGGAGGCCGUUUCUGGCAGUCUCCCACGCUCUGGCCGUGGGACGGCUCUGCCGCCUGAGUGGAGGAGCGGUGAUGCUUUCACUGGCAGACAACACUCCCAUUCAGGCGCCGGCGGAUCCCUUGUUUCUGCUUCGCCUCGGUUCGCGCACUCCCGCGCCUCUUUAGCAGCCGCUUCGCCACGGCCACAGCAUCCCCUUCAGCCAUCGCCCACACACCCCCUCCCCCCUGCGUCGUCGCUCCUGGUCUCCUCUGCGCCACGCCAUGGGGGACCUUUUUGGAGUUCGGAUCGGCGCCGGCCGCGGACGUGUGAGGAGGCGUUUGCGCUCGCUGCCGAGAGAGCGUUUGGCGUCACGUGGCGCGAGGCUGUGCGCGCGGUGAAGACCAAGGCGAAGAUGUUUGAGUUCCUUCGAAACGUCUUCGCAAACGAUCAAACUCGCUUCCAGGUCGGUCUGCGCCUGUGGGUUGAAGAACUGACGCCCGUCGCCACGGAGAGUCGCCCGGAGUGUGCGCGCAAGAGAGAGCGAGAAUCUGCGUCCGUGCAGUGCCGUGGCGCGUCUCAAACGGCAGACAGCCGCCACAGUCAGGAAGCAGAGAGGCGCUGCGAGGCGGGAGAUGUCCGGACGAGCGGUCAGGGGGGACGCUCGGGCGGAAGAGGCAAAGAGAGGGACGAGGCAAGGCGCCACGCGAUGCACCCUGUCGGGAAAGAAGCCGAUACGUCUCGCAAGAGAGGCGUGCUAGCGGACCUCGUCGACGCCCUCAAACGAGAACCCCGAAAGCUCGCUAUCGUCCUCGACAUCUACCGCGAAGGCGCCUUCUUUUUCGGGAUGCCAUCACUUUCUCUUGGGGACGACGUUGCUCCCACCGGCGCGUCGUCCCCCACUUCCUCAUCGUUACUAUUAGUCUCUCCUUCGGCGUCAUUUUCGGCUGCCAGUGCCCUGUCGGGUCUCGUGUGCGAGGGCCCUGAACGUCCAUUGCCGUCAGAGGUCUGCGCGCACUUGGUGCGGUUCCUUCGCGCACUAUGGAGUUUCCUCCGAAGGCUCUCCAAGGCCUUUCCAGACGGCCCGGCGCUUCCACUUGUCUCGCGUGCCUCCGGCAGCUCUGACGCCGCGUGCGCAGCGGCGGCUCCCUUCCCGCUGAUUGAUAGUUUGGCGAGGCUUCUCACCUACGUCAUCCCGGCGCUCCCGAGCGAGUCUGCAACUCAAGUGCAUGCGGCCCCAGCCUCGGCGGCGUCGGCCUCUGCUGAGAACCCUCCGGCGCAAAACAGGCCCUACGCACCCGCCCUCAGAACCCUUCGGUCCUCCAGCUCAACCAAAGGCGUUUCUGCCAUCCCGUCGUGUGAGACGCACGCCUCCUCGCCGCGAACCGCCGCCGCCUCGCUUCCGGUGCGGCGCUGCGGGACGCCCCUCACGCACACAGAGCAGGGGGAGGCGACAGCGAACUCGGGGCGAAGCCGAAGCCGAGCCGCGGCAAGGAAACACGCGGAAUCCCUGAUGGAGCUUGCGGAACUUGCUGCACGGUGCCUCGCGUGCUUUGCGCACGCCGAACCGCGUCGCUUUGUGCGAGAAAUUCUUCCGGUGGCGCUGCAAGCUGAUGAAGAAGCGUUCUCACUCGUCGUCCAUCAGCUUCUUCCUCUGUGGGGAGAAGAAGUGAGACGGCUCCUGAACAGAGACGAAAGCGGCUCAGCUGAGGGCGAGUCAGCAACACCACACGCGGCGGAAGCAGAGGACAAUGAAGGCGUUCUAGAGCGCCGAAUUAGAGCUGAAACGCGCGAUGCUUGUCACGCCACUGCAGAGUGCACAGACAGGGAAGCGAGCGCUGAGGGAGACGCCAGCAGGAGCGCCGACGGGGAGGGAGGGCGACGCCUGACGAAAGCACGAAGCGAACCGAGGCUGACGAAGAGAUCGUGCUUAAGCGAAGGCGAACUACGGGAGACGAGGCAAACACAACUGCAGCAGUGGACUGAAGCUGGCGAGCACUUGUUGCAGUUUUGCUGCAGUGAGCUUUCCGUCCUUUCGUUUGCGUCGCCGACUGUGCGCGGGGAUCCCACGGAUCCGCGGCGCGCCAGUGACGGAGAGCCACAAAACUGGCAGCACGCCCCGGUCUCCGCGCUUCUUAACGACCCGCUUCGCCUCCACCUGUCUCUCCUCUGCGCGACGCUGGAGACUCUGGCGCCUGCGAUGCUGAACGUUGCCAACCCGUCUUUGGGUCGCGGACCCGUUCCUAAGGCGAUGGCGCAAGCGAGCGUAGCCGUUGACGAGGCCCGUCGAAGGCAGAAGACUCGCCGAAGCCUGAUUCAAGCGCUGACCUGCCUUGCCUCCUUCCUCAAGCAUCCAAGAGCCGUGGUGCGCGAGGCGGCAACAGAGCAACUGCGCAGGCUCCUUCACGCUUGCGUCACUGCCACAAAGCGUACUGAAGAAAAGAUUCUUCCCCGGAAUGCGGAUUUAGGUGCUGCGCUGCCGGGGAGAGCGAAUGACCCGCAUAUCACCCCAUGGUCUCAUCCGCCGCGCGAAGAGGAGCGAUUCCGACGUCCGGCCUCCGCCUCAUUGGAGCCCUGCCACGCCCACACCCCAGCGGCGCUUCUUCCGCUUCUGUGGGAGACGGGCGUGCUCUCCUGGGAAGCGCUGGAGGGACCGAUAAGCGAAGAAGCCGGAGGCCCCAGCGAGUGUAGGAAUGGCCUUCGAAAGCGAGACACUCUGGCGCUCACACGAGACAAGGGCGGCGAAUGCCGGGCGUCGGAGCGCGGCUCCCGCCCAGAUGUGAGGCUGCGGCAAGUCCCGCUGGAUGUCUUUCUCCAACUAGUGAAGGACGACCAAGCGCACAUGCGCAUAGACAUGGCGGCAGUCGUGGCGCGGGCGCUUCCCGCCCUCGCGGGCCUCGAGCCUCAGAAGCUCCAUCCGCUCAGCGGCGUGAUCCUCGUUGCAUUCGUCCAGCACCCCAGGGCCACGCCUGAGGCCACCUUGGCAGUCCUCGAUCUGCUCGCUGAGAUUUAUUUCCGGAGUGCGCUCUCGGCAGCCUGCGCCUCUUCACCGCCAGGGGAAGUCGUCGCUUCUGACUCCUCUGCGGACUCCAGGGUUCGCCAUCGGCUCCCUCAGGCUUCCUCUCAUCCUCCCUCGGGAGCUUCCUCCACAUCCGCGGAAGCUGCGGACUCGCCCGCGCUUCACGAGCCGUCGCCUGGAGCGAGCGAGUCGCCGGCCAAGCAGCUGCGUGGCAGCGAAGGCGAUAAGAAGCAGACACCGGCGGUGCACGCCACGACGCCGGUGAGUGAAGAUACGUCAAGCUCGGCGAGCUCGUGUGACCGCCUGCUGGCUCUCCUGUUGCUGGUGCUGUGCCUCUCGCCCGCCCUGCGGACUGACGCCGCCUCCACGUGGCUGGCUGCCUUUCUCUCCCGCGACGUGGAAAGGCAGAUGCGCGACUCGAGAGGAGGAAGCAGCGCGCGUGGACGCGGGCCACUCGUGACAGGCGAAGCGCUCAGCGCAAAGCAGACAGCCCCUCCCCCCGUGUCGGGUUUCCGGCAGAAGGGCAGAAAAGGAGGCGAGCAGAAAAGGCCUAGGUGCGCCGCCCAGGUGCUGCUUGCAAAAAUCGAAGAAGAAGAGAGGACACAGGAAAACGAGAGAGAGCGGAAGGCGACCAAAGCUGCCUGCGACUGCGGCACGCCAACCGAGCGACGAGAGAGGGAAGAAAUUGCCGUCCGCCCGUGGGGAAAGGGAAUGCUGCGAACACUAUCGGGAGAGAAUAGCAUGAACAUUCCUGGAGCUCGUGACGGCGACAGCGAUCAGCAUGGACGCAGAGAGCAGAAGCAACGAUGCCGGGCGGAAGCCAUCCUCGCUACGCUGAGGAAGCUGCGUGAAGUCUGUGAAGAUUCACUCGCGGAAUUUCAGGCCUGGCAAGCGGACAGAAGGAGCGACGGGACAGAAGAAAGACAAGGAGAAGAGGAAGAAGAAAAACAAAAACUAGGAAGCUACUGCGGCACUGGCGAGGACUCCGUAAAAGGGCAGAGGGCUGGGAUUUCGGAGGGCGAUGACCGCGAGACGUUUGAAGCCCUAAGCCAGACAAAAUGUGCCGUGCUAGGAGACUCCUCGGAGGACGCGACGGGUUCCACGGGAGACGCGAAACGUGAAGGUGCGCAUGCACAUCAGGCUGAAGCGACAGAAAACGCAAAUGAAGCCGAGCAGGACUCGCCAAGCGUCAGCGGAUCCACGCCCGACCCCGCACCCGCUGUUCCUCACCCACAGCGUGAAGACGCUUCUGCUCUCUCCAUAUCUCUUUCCAUACCUCCAAUGGACUCGCGCGACUCUGACGCGUUGCUAGCGCCUUCGCCUCCCGCUGCGUGGAGCCUGGGCGAGAGCCAAGCUGCGGCGAGGCGCGCGCGCGCAGACCUUCGCGGCGCGCCGGCCUCUCUAUCUGCUGGCGCAGAGGCUCGGGCGCCCGACGGCGCAGUCGUGCGUUCACGCCCAGACGAGAGGACAGCCGCGAAGCCCUGCCCCUGCCGUCAACGCAAGGAGACGAUCCGCGUGAGACAUAGCGACGGUAGAGGGGAUGAGAAUGCGACAGGCGCCACGGGGGCUGGUCAGCGACUCGGACGACGCGCCACUUCGACUGAGAGACGCAGCGGCUCAGACCCUUGCCUCGACUGUGAUUCCGCUGCAGUGCAGCGAACGCAGAAUGCAGCGAGUGAUGCUGAGUGUGCCCGAAGCGGUGGGCCUCGUUGCGCCUCUUCUGGACCUGCUGGCACGCCUUCGGCGUCUCCCCUCUCGACUUCGGGCUCUCUCUCAGUUCCGCUGACGACGUUGGUCUGCUCGCUGGACGGCUCACCUGAGAGUCCUUCGCGCGCGCAGACUCCCGGCAGGUCCGCAGACACUGGCGCAGCUCAGGAACGACUAACCGAAGAGGCGCGGCGGGGCAGCAGGAGCGCAGGGCAAGGCAAUGCGCACCCGCAGCCGGGAGGCGAAGGACCACUUUUUGACAACGGCUCUGAGCCUGCUAAACGACGAAGCGACGCUGAUGAAGAAGAAGCGCAAGCCGAGGCGGAGUGCCUCCUAGUGCUCGCGGCUUUUCGCAGAACAAUCAAGCGCCUCAUGGCUUCGCUCCAGGCAAGUCGGAGGGAGGGACGGAAACGGCGGCGCGCGUCCUAG